AUGUCGACAAACGGUAUCAUGUCCGGUACGGAUGGUGCUGCUUCGGCAAACCCCCUCCUUCCGACCUUCCAAGGUUAUAUCAUGAGUACCAUGGAUGCUCUUAUCCUCUUCGAAUCUUGCCUUACCGGUCGACUUUUUCACGUUCCCAGAAGACCACACGAUAGGGAACGAUCAAAUCUUAUUGUCAGCGGCAAUGUCUUCAUCUACGAGGAACAUUCGUCCGGAAUUAAACGCUGGACUGAUGGUGUUCCCUGGAGCCCGAGUCGAAUCUUGGGUAACUUCCUGUUAUACCGAGAAUUAGACAAGCCAUUCCAACCUGGAGAGAAAAAGCGGGCAAUGAAACGUAACAAGCCAGAGACGGGGAUUACCAAGCCGACUAACAACUCGAGAGCCAACUCGGUCAGCGGCGUCAGUGGCGCUAUGAUCUCUACUAGCGCUCCGCUAACUAACUUCGACAAUACGACGAACUGUCGUAACGACGCAGAGCGGGCUCUUGUCGGAUCCCUUAUCGAUUCCUAUCAGUUCAAGCAAGACGGCCUAGUAAAGAAGACCAUUAGUGUCACUUAUCAGGGGAUUCAACAUCAUUUGGUUUCUUACUACAGCCUCGACGAUGUCAUCAACAGCCGACUCAAGACUCCGGGCCAGGAUCCCGCUUUGAGUGAGGUUGUACCUCGCCCCUCUCUAAUCUCAUCAGGCAGCUUCCGUGCUCCAGUUGAUGAUCACGAAAUCUUGAUGACGGAGCCGCAUUUCAAGGGUUAUAUUGACUACAGUCAUCCAUAUGGAACUUAUAACAUGAACGGAGCGGGUAUCCGAUCGAUGUCGAUGCCGACGAUUCAGGGUUAUACGCAACCAACUUGGUCGACUUCCGCACCAUACACUGGAUCGUACGGCUUGAACCAGGGAUUACCCCCUCCUACCAACUUUACUCCCGUCUCUACCCCUUCGUAUAGCUACGACUCGAGCAACAUGACAACAAGCAGCAUGGUACCAACCAGUAUGCCGUUGUAUGGCAUAACACCACGGUCGUCCUCUAGUGUCGGGCCGACUUCUCAUUUAUCAACUCAGCGACACUCAAGUAUGCAUGGAUCAAAUGGAGUUAGUGGCGUCGACUAUUCAGGACUCCCUAGUCUCGAUGCCUCUGUGAUGUCUUCGUCACGAUUAAUCACCAGUGGCGAAGGCAACCUUGGUGGUCAUGACUUAUCCAACCAAUCUUCGUACUCUAACGGAGCUAUGUUUGGAUCGUCUGCUGCGGCAUCUGCGGCAGCUCCCACUGCGGCGCCGAUUUCCAAUCACCAUCAUGAUCCGUAUGAUCACAGCGGUUCAAGCCAGCAGAGUGAUAUAUAUAACUCUGGAAAUUCCGGACAACACUCCGGUGGAUUCGAUACCCAGCUUGAUCACCAUCUCGAUACCGGAUCCACCCAUCAAUCCUCAGUCGACUUCAACCCAUCAUUAUCAGACCUUCCAUCCUACAACCUGCCAAUGCCCGAGUAAUUAUUUUUAUUUUCAUGAAGAAAAGCGUGAACCCCAGCAAGGCGUUAUG